UUUAGCAAUGAUAAAUAAACAUUGCGUCAUGUAAAAUAUCUCAGUUAACAACAUUCUUUUAAGCGAAACAAGAUCACAAUCAUGAGUCUAACCGUAUUUAAGUAAUAACACUAAUUCUAAAUACCAUGGCUUCAAUUGUCGCCAGUGUAUUAAAUUUCGCUGUUGGAUUAUUGGGGAACGAAGCCCGAUGUGCGACUGCUAAAAGUCUUACAGGCGAUGAUAUUACAGAUGUAAAAAUUCGUGAAAUAGUCACGAAAGAGCUCGACGACACCAAAACCAAACUUGACGACCUCUCACGCAAAGAUCUGCUCAGCGGCUACAAUUUUCUACAAGAAGGAGUGGAGUUCCUUUUUACUUCUCUGGAUAAGUCGAAGGACGAGCAGAAAGCUAUGGUGAACGUAACUAAAGAUACUCGCGAUAAAGUUUCAGGAAUUCAAAGCGGUACCGAGUCCGAAAUCUUAAGCGAAGCCUCGCAACUUUCUUGCUGCAUAGGAAAGCUAAAACUCGUCUCACGGAAUACUUUUAAAUCCGCUAAAAAGAGAUUUCAAGAAGCGCGCGAGGAAGCAACCCAUGCGUUUUGGGAUGAAGAUUUGAAUAUUAAAGAUCGAAUCUUAGCAGCGAAACUCCGUGUCGUUUCGGAGAUACUUGAAUGUCUCGACACUCCUGACACAGCGGUUACUUCGUGCAUAUUGUUUUUAGAAAAGCUUCAUGAUUUACCUGGUGUUCGCGAGAUAUUCUCGGUGUAUCUCGGUGGUGGAGUUAAGUCCAUUUUCAGCAGGGCUGAACGAGCUGAUAAUGUCAGAUCUGUCAUGAUGAUCAACUACGUUUUACAUCAAUUUGUUUCGAAAUUCAGCAGUAAGUAUUAUUCGCCGCGCGCCUGGCCAACAAUACAACUCUCUGAUCGCAGUUUCAACCCAAUCUGCAAUUGGCGGGAGGUUUCAAGAAGAAAAUCUUGGGGCGAAGAAUUGAUCCAACCUCCAAACGAAAUGAAACUCGAUAGAUAUUUCAAUCCGUAUAACUCUGCUGUAAACAGUCCAUAAAGCAGGUGAUAUGUUGUGAAACAACUUCACAAAAUGACAAUGUGGAGAGUCAUGCAGUAUUAUAUAUGUAAAACACAAAAGCGGAUUGAAUUUUCUUCCAAAGCAUAAGACAGAUCUGAGAUUAGCUAUAAACAAAAACAAUUUUAAUGACACCAACCAUGGCCGAAGACCGGCAUAUCUACGUUUGUGACCACAUUGGGCAGUUAAAAUACCAGUUUGAACAUAAAAUGUCUGCGCAAUAAUGAAAUCAUGUUGGCGUCAUUUCGUGAAGACGCUGUUCAAAUAUACACAGAGGAGGAAAAUCUAAAGUUGAAAUUAGAACUACCAGCAGGUUACGUGGUCCGGCAUUUCACUUUGUUAUUGGUAAAACAAUUGUCUUAUCCAAAGUCAUCAGCAGCGAUUCUUAUUUCCUCCAUUGUUACUCGGAAGCAGGUGAACUGGAGACCUCGAUGUUUUGUUUUAAUCACAGUAAAGGUUUCCCUGAGAAAAAAUCUGAUCCAAUUAAGUGGUCCAGUUGCUAUUGUUAGAGCGGGAAACAUCGCCUACAUAUAAGGAGAUUUUCUAUGCAGUCCCUCAGAAAACGUGCUUGAAAUUGAUCAAGUAUAGUUCGUAAACGAACAUCAUAUUUUAAUCUAAUUUGAAAACCUAAACUUCAGGAACUGGAUUUGUUAUUAAUGGUAAAAUAUUUCACAAUCUGCCUUUGAACUGUAUCACCUUGAAUUGCGUAACUUUGAAUUAUGAAUCCUUGAGUUAUAUAACCUUGACGAAUUUUAUAAGUAAUAUCGUAUAUACAAAAAAAAAACAGUUGAAAGAUUAAGUAUAUGUAACAGUGGCAAUGUCAAUGAGUAGUGAAGCAUAAAGUGAAUUGGCAAACUUUUUAUAACUUACUUUUUAGAUUAAUCAAAAUUGUAAUCUAAUACUGCAAGAAUGUAAAUGAAAACGAAAUCUGAUUUUAUUUUUACCUCAUGGAAAGUUCUAUAACUUUUAAACUGUCCUUGACUGUUCCACUAAGAGCCACUGUUCUCAGCCUCCCUGCUGCCUUAAAGGUGCGGUGUUACUACAGGAUGAGACCUACCUUCGGAGUUCGUGUGUGUGUGUGUGUGUGUGUGUGUGUGUGUCCACAUGCCGUGUGUGUGUGUGUGUGUGUGUGUGUGUGUGUGUGUGUGUGUGUGUGUGUGUUUGUCUGUGAGCACGAUAACUCAAGAAAUAC